UGCCAAUGGUUACAUUUGAAUGACGUCACGUUGUCGUCGAUCAGCGCUUAAAUGAGUAAACUCGUGUGUGACUUCUUUGAAUAAAAUUAGUCAUUAAAUACCUGUCAACAAAAUUCUUUUGGUUUAAAUAACAAAUUUUAUUGGUACUUCUCCAGUUUCAUAAACUGUACAAGUACCUUUGAAGCAGUUACAGAUUUUGGAGGGAAAGUUUGGUUGGCUCGGAAUUGUACCGGGAAAGCACCUGCAGAAGCAUGUCUACGGAUGGAAGUUCGAAGUCACAGCCUGCUACAUCUUCACAUUUCCCUAAAUCUAUGAGAAGUGUAGAAUCCAUGCAAAGUGGCAGCAGUGGCAGUGAAAGCAAUAUACAAAAACACAUUUUCCAAAACAGUGGUAAAAUUGGGGCUUCACUUACCAAUCAUGCUGACCACAAACCCAUGUACGAAGUGGUAAUGGCUAGCCAAUCUAACCGUUUAGAAGGCACAACUCAGCUUCGGGCUCCAGGACAACAUCCAGAGAAACCAUAUGGACAGAGAGCAAAAAAGUCCUUCCCAAAACCAAAAUUCAAAGCACCAAUGCUUCAAAUGCUUGGCAAGGAUCCCACUAAUCCCGAAAUUGAAGUGGUGGAAUAUGUUGUUAAGGGUACAUGUAAUCAGGAGUCUAAGCAAGAUUUUACAGUUCCAAUUCUCAAGAUGGAGAAAAAUGUUGGUGCAAUGAAAGAAUUCAACGAUGAAGUUUUAUCUCAAUCACUGAAGAAAGAAGAAUGUGAAGAACCAAAAUUGAGCAAACCAUCACCAUUACCUAAUAGAACUGAAGCUUCAUAUUCACAAAAUUCUGGGCAAGCAACAAUCAAGAAUGCAUCUCCUGUUAUGAAAUCUCAUCCAGUGGCUGAUAGACCAUUGAGCAUGGAGAUGAUCAAUGGUGAAGAAAUGGCUGUGACGUCUACCACCACUUCACACAUUGCAAGUAGUUCACCAAUAGAUGAAGAACAUAAAAAAUCUAUCUUGGCAUCAAUGAAGCAGGCUUACACAUCAGAGUUAAGCCAGUCUGAUAAAGCUUUAAAAAGUGAAAAUGAAGUUAAUUUAGAUGAACCUGUUGGAAUGCCAGCUUUGACGGCCAUUAUCCCAGAGAGCAAGAUAAAUAACGAAGGAACAUCAGAUAUCGAUACCCCUAAGAUGCCCGUGUUAGAAAUGCAUGCCGAAGAUUCGUUCGAUGAAGAGUUAAAUAGCUUGGUAAAGAAAUCCCGGUUCAGUUCGCCAGAUUCGAAGACGGAUUUUGGGAUGGAUAGUCAAGAAGAUGUAUUUUCGGAAGCGUGCUCCAAACCAACAGGACUAACAGCAGUGGCAGCCAUUCCUGUUGAUCUUAGCCAUCAGUACGCGAAACCAGUGCAUAGUAAUAGCAAGAAACAGUUUAGUGAUCUGCAAGACAUUCAUCACCCGCCUACUCCCGCACCUACCCCCCAAACUGACGAUCUCGAGGCUGCAAUGGCUGCGCUUCAUGGUGAACCAUUGGAUCUUGACCCAAUUGAAACGGUAGUAGCUAUGACGAAGAUACCUGUAACAAAUUUAGUCGUUACAAAAGUAAAACGAGAUAAGGAUUUGGUCGAUAUCAGUGCACACUCUGCAGAUUCAGAUUAUCACCCGGAUUCAGGCAAUACAGAGAUAUCAAGUGACGAUGUGGUGAAAAGCAAACGGUCUCCAAAGCCGCACAAAUACCACAAAAUGGGCCCCAAAAGUAUGGUAGGUACAAAACUUGUGAAUAAACCAACCAAACCAAGCCCAAUGGCCAAAGUGACUGAUGAAGCCCAUCAUGAAACCAAAGCUGAAACAAAACCGGCCGUUGAAACCAAACAACCUACUAGACUAUCGAGAGAGGUCGAAAAGCUCUGUGCAGAUGAGAUGGUCAACAAUAUAUUACGCAGCAUGGAAGUACAAGGAUCAAGCAGAAGACGAGCCUCUCAGGCGGUAGUCACGUACAAAGAAUGUCAGUCGAAUAAUCCCGAAAAAGAUAUACGUUUUGCUCGGCGUGCUAAACGCAUCAAAGAGGAAGGAAUUUUUGAAAAAGAGUCUACACCUCCAAAGAAAAAUAGGAAUAAACGAACUACCUCAAUCGCCUCCUCAGUUGAAUCAGUCCCACAGGAUCGAGCAUUGCAACAGUGGGAAGCUCUUCAGAACUCCAAUAAUGAAGACAGAGUGGUAUACGUUCCUCGUAAGUUGGUCAAUCCCGCAGAUGCUUCGAAAAUUGUUCGCCGUCGGACUUUCUCCUCAGGUUCAAGCACAGACGCUAAUCAGAACGGCAACCGAAAGGUUUUACAUUCUCAAGACGAUGUGCAAACUGCCACUUACGCGUUAAAAAAAGAUCAUAGUUAUACGACAAUUAAAAAUGAGGCGUCAGAACCAGUAUCUUCUCAGCGUGGCACCGAAGAUUUGGCGUCUAAACUAAGCGCUAGUUGUCAGGAAAUUCAUAUUCGUUGCAAAGAACAUCUUUUGUAUGUCACACUCUGCCCCAGGACGUCUAAGUUACGGAAUAGCCUCAAUUCCACGAUCCUAAAAGAGCUUUCAAUGUUACUGCGAAAGCUAAAAAUGGAGCCACAGAUUCAUGUAGUGCUGUUCACCUCAGCAGGACCUGAUUUUUGCACGGGAAUCGACUUUCCUUCACUUAUUCACGAUAAUAUGGCUUCGAGAUUGGAAUCGUCCAUUUCCAUGGUGAACCACAUCCAAGAGUUUAUCACAGAAUUGGCCAACUGCGAUAAAAUACUUGUGGGCGGCGUAGUUGGAUCCGCCAUCGGUUUGGGGGUUACCAUGUUACCGUACCUGGAUCUCGUCUACGCCUGCGACAAAACCACGUUUUACUUGCCGUACGUAAAACUGGGCCAAAGUAGUGAGGGUGGACUACCUCUAACUUUUCCAUCAACAUCAAGGAAUUUGUUGAGCUUGCUGGUACACGAAGGACGACGUCUCACGGCCACGCAAGCAAAAACAUUAGGCUUGGUAGAUGACGUUUUUCUGCCGGAUAGUUUCCAAGAAGAAAUGAUUCCGCGCGUCGUUAAUUUGGCACUUCUUUAUUCGCAGAACUCGCUGCCUAUCAAGAGAAUGAGUCGGGCUGCACUCCGGCGCGACCUUCCAGCCGUCCUAAAGGAAGAAUCACAGCUGUUACGACAAAGUUGGAUUUCUGAAGAUUUUCAACGCCGGGCUAAACAAUUAUUCGACAGCGGAGAUCUUCUCUCGGCGUAAACGACCUUCGCCCUCAUCCAAGUUAGAACUUUUUUUUUCUUUUCCCCAUAUCUCGUCAGUUUAGUUUAAGUUGUGCGAAUCACCAAAGGAACGCGUUUCGCGCGGGUUUUCAAUUUUGAUUUCUUUUUAUCCGUCUUUACAUUUGCCUUCGCGUGUUUCGUGUUAAAAGCGGCGUGACAUUUUUCCCCUCCUUUUUCCUUUGGCACUUUGAAAUGGUUUCACUCAAAGUGACAUUACCGAGGUGCGUGUUUUUCCCGUAUCCUUAUGGCGAUCUGUCUUUUUUUCCCCGUUAAUGAUGGUAGAUGUUUACGCGCGUUGUGGGUUUGGAAUUUCGGAGGUCGUUAUUCUUCUCCAUUUAUUUAUGUAACCCAAUCCAGAUUUCAAUUAUCUCCACAUCACAUCGAGUGCCUGUUUUGCUAUCCGUUUUUUGAAAGACGGUCCCCUUAUUAGGUUUGCAUUGUUA